GCACAAAGUGCAUCUCUUCAGGAGUGUUCUGUAAGCAAAGGAUUUGGCUUGUCUCCUGGAAACAAGUUUCUACACAAACUUCAAAAAAAAAAUUAACUCAUCUUGGGUGUGAAAAUGGAGCGAGUGUUGCAGUCAGGAUGUGGGAUUGCUAACUAGGCCAGGUGAGCAUUGCAGCAGUCGGCAAAAUAUAGCGAAGGCUCAAGGCAUUAAAGAAACCUCAUCUGAACUGAGGAGGGUUAAAGAGGCAUUGCGGGAAACUUGAUCCUUCGCUGCCCUUCCAUGUGACUUGCAUGAUACUGAAGAUCAGAUUUUUUUUUUCUUUUCGCCAACGGGCAGUUUAUUUUCCUCCUAGCAUCCUCCAGUGUCAGCUCUUUACGUCGUGCUAACAAUGGUAGUGGAAAGGAGCUUGGGGAAGUUUUUUACAAUUGGGCUUCAGAUGCGUACUGAAGCAUUUCCCAGCUGGAGCUAAAAAUCCUUUCCUCUUGAAGAAUGUAACAACAGAAAUUUCAGUUUUUAGCUCCUGGACUGGGACCUGAUUCGAGGGGAGAGGACCGUAUCAACUCUUGCCUGAUGAGGUCAGCUGUUCGAAAGGACUUUGAGAAUCCUGGAUGUUCUUCAAAGCAAUUGCAAAUUGAGUGUCUGUAUGUGUGUGUAUGUGAUAUCAGUUUGGGGUUUGGAAGCAGCCUGUGGAAACCUAAAAACGAAAGAACUGUCAAGAUGAGCAUCUCUACUUGUGCUCCACUGAGGCACACACUCCCUGCUUUUGUGAUGUUGCAUUUACGAAGCAUUCAUGAAUGCUUUAGGCCAUGACCCCUGAGUACUCAAAAUGGCUAGUUGAAGGUGGAUGUGAAUGGCCUGUCUCAAAUUUUUGUCUAGAAGCAACUAGCAAUGUAGAUACAUCCUUAGUACUAAACUUUGAUUUCUUGGACUUGCAACAACUUCUGCUCGGGCUGUCAUGAAUUCUGUUAUCUCCAGAUCAAUAUAUCUGAGUAAAUCCUCCAGAAGAGCUUGUUAACAUCAACGGAGAUGUGAUUGCUCCUGGACUAUGACCACAAGAUAUAUUAAUGGAAAUACAGGGAAACACCGAUAUGUUAGAUGGCACCGGGAAGACAGUGGAGAGGACUAUAUGAAAGGCGAGGUCUACGCCGAGGAUGACCAGGGCCAGCAACGCCGGCUGACCCCUUUUGAGAAACUUACCCGGGAUAUGUCUCGGCAUGAGAAGGUGGUGAAAGAAUUAACUCUGGGGAAGAGGAUUGGAUUUUACCGUGUCAGAGGAGAAAUAGGGACUGGGAAUUUCUCUCAGGUGAAGCUUGGGAUCCAUUCUCUCACCAAAGAAAAAGUAGCUAUCAAGAUUUUGGACAAGACAAAAUUAGACCCGAAGACUCAGCGAUUGCUGUCCCGUGAGAUUUCAAGCAUGGAGAAGUUGCAUCACCCAAACAUCAUCCGGCUUUAUGAGGUGAUAGAGACUUUGUCCAAACUCCACCUGGUAAUGGAAUAUGCGGGUGGAGGAGAACUCUUCACUAAGAUCACAAUGGGAGGAAAGUUGCCUGAAUUAGAGAGUAAGCUCAUCUUCUCCCAGAUUGUGUCUGCUGUUAAACACAUGCAUGAAAGCAACAUCAUCCACCGGGACCUCAAAGCUGAAAAUGUAUUUUACACCAGUAAUACUUGUGUGAAAGUGGGAGAUUUCGGAUUCAGCACCGUAAGUAAGAAAGAGGAAAUGUUGAACACUUUCUGCGGCUCUCCUCCUUAUGCUGCCCCAGAACUCUUCAGGGAUGAAAGCUAUGUGGGGGUUUACGUGGACAUUUGGGCCCUGGGAAUCCUUCUGUAUUUUAUGACAACCGGCACAAUGCCCUUCAGAGCAGAGACUGUGGCCAAACUGAAAAAGUGCAUCCUUGGGGGGGCAUAUGUUUUCCCACCAUUCCUGUCAGAACUUUGCCAGAAAUUGAUUCAAGGGGUUCUUCAGCCGGUCCCAUCCGAACGCUAUUCCAUCGAACAUAUUAUGAACAAUGAAUGGAUGAGGGGCAUACAACAUCCAAAGCCCGUGGAGCCCUUUAAACUGGAUCCAAAGUACUUGUCAGAGGAUGGAGUGCUCCGAGAGGAAGAAACAGAGGUGAAAAACAUCCUGAACAAGCUGGGCGUCACAGAGGAGCACAUUCAUAAUAACCGUGGGAAGGAUUCUCACAGCUCGAUCACAGGGAUCUACAGAAUUAUUUUGCACAGAGUACAGAAGAAAAGGGCUAUGGAGACUGUCCCUAUAAUCACCCAACCAGAGACCAGAGACCCAGAGACCAGGAAAGGUCCCGCUACCUGUCGGGGCCUCAGACAUUCAUCAAAGCUUUGUUUGAUUUUAUAACCCCCUCAAGCCAGCUUACCAUUCAGAGCACACCUU